AUGAGGAUGAAGGCCUCCUGUGCCUCAGUUUCCCCAGGGGAGCUGGGGAGCCUCCCGAGGCCCGGCAGUAACCCCAGCUCACCGGGAAAGGCUCAGCCUUGGAUAAGCAGUGCCGGGAACACGGGCUGCCUGCCCUACCACCCCCGCACCGGCGCCGACCCCGGCCCGGGCCUCGGUCCUACAGAAACGCCCCUAGAGAAACGGGGGGAGGUGUCUGGGGGCAGGUUGGAUGUGAUGCCACCAUGUGCCGGUUCCGUGCAGGGACCAACCGAGGGCUGCGAGGGACCUGCCGCCCUUUGUCCCCUCCUGAGGCCGCGUGCCGGGGAUGCUGGCGCCUGGCACAGCCCUUUCGGCGAGGGCAGAGCCCGGUCCUGGUGCCAUGGCCACUGCCGUACCUGGAGCCGGGGGAGGGGAAGGAGGGGACGUACCUGGGGGCCCCCCUCGCCCUCCCAGCUGCCUCCCCGCUCAGGCCGGGAACCGGGAGCUGUUUUCCACUCGAGCCGGUUCUGUCCAGCCCGGAGCCCCUCGCCGCCGGCGGACGCGGUCAGCACAUUUCCACCUCCUUCUCCAACCCAGAAAGCUGACCCGAGUGGUGACACCACCGUGGCCACCAUCAACCACUCAGUGACACUGCUGCAGAGGCUGCAGGAGCUGCUGCAGAACGGCAACGGCAGCGACUCCGUCCUGCGGGUCCGCACGGCCGCCUCCGAGGAGGCCAAGGUCUUCCACACCCACCAGCUGCUCCUCAGCCUCCAGAGCGAGGUCUUCGAGAGCCUCCUGCAGAACCAGAGCAUCCUCACCCUCUAUGAGCCACCUGAGACCGCCGCGCUCUUUGAGAAGUUUAUCAAGUACCUGUACUGCGGGGGGGUCUCCAUCCUGCUGCACCAAGCCAUCCCCCUGCACCAGCUGGCCAGCAAGUACCGGGUCUGGGGGCUGCAGCGCGGGGUGGCCGAGUACAUGAGGAGCCACCUGGCCAGCGAGUCGAGCCAGGGCCACGUGGUGGGCUGGUACCACUACGCCGUGAGCAUCGGGGACACGGGGCUGCAGGAGAGCUGCCUCCAGUUCCUGGCCUGGAACCUCUCGGCGGUGUUGGGCAGCGCCGAGUGGGGCUCGGUGAGCACGGAGCUGCUGCUGCUGCUGCUGGAACGCUCCGACCUGGUGCUGCACAGCGAGCUGGAGCUCUACACUGCCGUGGAAAGCUGGCUGGGCCGCCGGCAGCCCGAGGGUCCGGUGGCCGAACGGGUGCUGCGUGCCAUCCGCUACCCCAUGAUCGCUCCCAGCCAGCUCUUCAGGCUGCAGGCGCAGUCGGCGGUGCUGGCGCGGCACCACGGUGCGGUGCGGGACCUGCUCUUCCAGGCCUUCCAGUUCCACGCCGCUUCCCCUCUCCAUUUCGCCAAGUAUUUCGACGUCAACUGCAGCAUGUUCCUGCCCCGCAACUACCUCGCGCCCAGCUGGGGCUCCCAGUGGGUCAUCAACAACCCGGCGCGGGACGACCGCAGCACCAGCUUCCAGACCCAGCUGGGUCCCAGCAGCCACGACGCCGGGAAGAGGGUGACCUGGAACCUGCUCUUCUCCCCGCGCUGGCUGCCUGUCAGCCUGCGCCCCGUCUACUCGGACUCGGUCUCGGGUGCCGUCCAGCCGGCUCGGAUCGAGGACGGUCGCCCCCGGCUCGUCAUCACCCCGGCCAUGAGCAGCCCCGACUUCGCCGGCGUCAGCUUCCAGAAGACGGUGCUGGUGGGUGUGAGGCAGCAGGGCCGUGUCCUGGUGAAACACGUCUACAGCUUCCACCAGAGCUCGGACGAGGCUGCCGAUUUCCUGUCCCAGGCUGACCUGCAGAAACGCACCUCCGAGUACCUCAUCGACAACUCCCUGCACCUCCACAUCAUCAUCAAACCCAUCUACCACUCCCUCAUCAGGGUGAAGAAGUAACGAGGCAGAGCCGGGUCCGGGUGGGCAGGGCUCACCCUUGGUCCUCCUCCUGCUCGUAGGUAGUUGCAGAUUCCCAUGUCUGGAGGACCCUGGGGUUGCUCCCUGCCGCCCACCCCUCCCUGACUGUCCCCUUGUCACAUCCCAUCCCCAUGGCUGUCCCUGGGUGCUUGUGGGGAGGUGGGGACAGGGGACACCAGGAGCUCCCAGCCCCACGUAGGUGGUGCAGGAGGUGUAAACAUGCAGCCCCCUGCCAUGGGCACACUCUGGGCUUGUAAUCCCCUGUGGGCCAAGGGAGGGGGACAGGGACAGCUUGUCCCUCCUGUGGUGCCACCCAUGGCCCCCCUCUGUCCAUCUGCUGGCCCUGGUACCCAGCAGCAGCCCCGGGUGCUCUGGCUGCCUCCCCUGGCAGAGGAGGUUUUGGGGGCACUGUCCCCACUCUUGUCUAGAUCUGUUCCAUCCCUGCCCGGGCAACCCCACCCCCUGUCUAAUAAAAGCAGAAAACG